GGGCCGUCUCUCCAGACGCAGCAAGAGUCAUCUUCCUACUUUCCACCUUUCUGUGCAUCUUGAAAUAUAGGCGGAAUAAGGCUUCAAACCAUUGCAAACAGCUGCUUGCUAAUAGCUAUUGAUCUUUUUCUUGAUAACUUUAUUUGGCAAAUCCCUGGAUAUGGGUCUCCCUCCUCCCGAGAUUCAGGUCACUCGUUGGUGGACUCAUCAACCUCCAGUUGACGGCUAUUGGGGUCCAUCGACCUCCUCGAUUGAUUGGUGCGAAGCAAAUUAUCAGAUCACCAGAUUCAUUGCUGAAUUUACCAAUACACUUUCAACCUUGGUCUUCGUUUAUUGGGGUCUUUAUGGGAUGAAGAAAUGUCGCGAUGAGCGAUUACCCCUACCAAUCAGACUGUGCCAAGUGGGAAUAAUAAUAAUAGGCAUAGGAAGUUUCUUGUUUCAUACCACAUUGCAAUAUGGAUGGCAGCUAGCAGACGAACUACCGAUGAUAUUCGGGGCUGCAUUCAGUACCUAUGUGAUAUUUGAUAUCGGCAAUCCGAAUCUACCCCGGACUCGAUUUGUUCGCAGUCUGCCCUACCUCCUCUCGCUCUAUUCCUUCGGCGUCACGGCGAUCUACCUUCGCUAUCGUGAUCCAGUGUUCCAUCAACUCGCUUUUGGCGCGAUUCAACUCCUGUCUACUUCUCGCUCUGUUUAUCUCAUUGUAACUGCUCCGAAAGAAACCUAUCGAGAGCAGAAGAACAAAUCGGAUGCCACCCGCUACAUACUGAUCGGCUCUGCCACUUUUCUCCUUGGCUUUUUGAUCUGGAACGUAGACAAUGUACUGUGUGAUCAAAUCUCUCGACUAAAAGAAUAUUUGGGUACGCCAUUGUCAUUUAUUUUGGAAGGACAUGCAUGGUGGCAUCUAGCGACCGGUACAGGCUCAUACCUCAGUGGAGUAGGAUUACAACUGUUGGCAUUGAGCUUAAAAGAAGGUGCAGAUGGCUUUGAGAUCAAGCAUGCUGGGAUCCUUGGUCUUGUUCCUCACAUCGCUCGAACCCCUAUCAACGCCAAUGCUAAACUUCAGUGAAUUGUGUUUGAUUUCAUCCCCCUUUUUACUUCCUCAUGACAUUCUGUUCUGCCAUUGCCUUUUCUGCCAUUGCCUUUUCUGCCAU